AUGGAUGUAGUAAACAAUGCUGAUUCUGAUAAACAAGGAUUUAAACGUAAAAAGAAACGUUCAGCAAAUCAAAUGGCAAAAAAAUUAAUACGAAGAAGCGCUAAAACUUUUAAUAAUGAUCUUGAACAGGAUUCAUAUCAAUAUUUGAUUAGAAUAUUAGAAGUUUUGCGGACAGAUUUUCAAACAAUGGAUGAUAAAUUAACAUUUGUAAAUAAUGUUUAUGAUGAAAUGGUAGGUCAAGAAAUAGAAUACUCAAAAAAUCAAACUGGCUCUCGAGUUAUAGAUUCAUUGAUGGAUUAUGCUAGUUUUGAGGUAAUCAAACGAUUUUCAGAUGCAUUUACUCCAUCCUUACGUUUACUUUGUUGUGACAGGUUUGCCAGUCAUGUUCUAGAAAAAAUAAUCCGUGUAUGUGUUGAUCGCGGUAACAGAAAUGAAGAUGAUUCCGAAGAAUUAAAAGUAAAAAAAGAAGAAGCUGUUGAAAUUGCUCCUGAUCAAGUUGAUGAGUAUAAUCAAAUAGCGUUGAAAUUAUGCAAAUUCACCAUUAAUAACUUUGAAGAAUUUGUCUAUUUGGAUUAUGCUAAUCAUGUAUUGAGAACUGCUAUUGAAUGUCUUGGAGGUUUAUUCAAUAAAAUUGAUGAUAAAAAUAAUAAUAACAAUAGGUAUCAACCGCGAAAAAUAGUUAAUCAAGAUUAUACAGAGUUACUAAAAGUUUCUGGGAGUAGACUAAUUAACUGGCCACAAUUUCGUGAAUUUGGUAAAGACAAUUUAACAAGUGGACUUCUACAGGCGUUAUUGUGUAGUAUACAAGACGUUGAUUCUAAAUUAAACUCCAAAAUUAUUGAAAAAAUAACUAGUGAUUGUUUCACUGCUAAUACUGAUGAUUCAUUAUCAGAUAUAUUUGAUAAAGAAUACUCAUUACGUUUAUUGGAAACGUGCUUAAUGGUUGCUACUCCAAAAAGAUUCAAGAAGCUGUAUACAAAAUAUUUUCAAGGUAACUUGAAGAAAUUAUCAUUAGAAAAAGAUACCAAUUAUUGUGUACAAAAAUUGUUGAAUUAUUGUGUAACAAAAGAAGAGUUUGAAAAAAUUUUUGAUGAAAUAUCAGAAUACAUUUUAGAAAUAAUAAAUAAAGGAUUCAUGGGAGUAUUAUCAAGCCUGGCUAACGCAUGUCUACGAUUACAAUCUAAACAAGGACCUUUUGUUAAUGCAAUUUGUAAAUCAUUGGGAUGUGAUGAGCCAGCAGAACGACAAAAACAAAUCGUACCAUUGAUUAGUCGGCUUAUUACUUAUGAUCAGUCGACUGCUGCUAAAAAGAACGACAGAUAUAAAAAUAUUUCUCUCAAUCUUCAUGGGAGUUUAAUAAUUCAAGCUAUACUCCAAUUCAAUAAACCGAUUAAAAUUGUUAAUUCAUUGCUUGAAAUGAAUGGAGAUGAACUCGCGGAUUUAUUUAGUGACCCUAAAGGAAGUCGGAUUCUUGAUGUUUUUAUGGAUAGUAAAUUUAUCGGAGAAAAAAGUAGGGAAAAAUUGGCUAAAUCAAUGAAGAAUCAUUGGAGUCAAUUGGCAUUAGGCAUUCAUGGAUCACGGAGUCUUGAUAAAUUUUGGGAGCAUUCAAAACAAAAUCAACGAUUCGUUAUUAUGGAUGAACUCAGCAACGCGGGACAAGAUCUUAAAGCAUCAAAAACUGGACAAUUUGUUAAAGCUGAAGACGACGAAGUUACGCUAUCUAAAUUUGGAUCCAAAACUGGCCCUACAAUUAAAUUUUCUUAUUGUUAUUCUUGUGGUUAUAAACGAGUAUUCGAAGAAUAUGUUGGUAUUUUGAGACAAAAAUAUCCGGAGCUUCAUAUCCAUGGAGAGAAUUAUGAUCCACCAGGGUAUAAUAUGUUUAUUGCGAAAUUUUUGGGAUUUGCUAAAAUAUUAGUCAUUUUAUUAAUAAUCAGUGGCAUCAACAUUGCCCAAUGGUUGGGACAACCUCCACUAUUCUGGUGGGAUUGGUGUAUUAAUAAUAAAUUGUAUGCUUAUGUUCCAGUUUGGUCGAAACUUGUUACGGGUAGAGUACCGCAACCUCCAGAAUUAUUCCAAAUAAUCGAUAAUCAUCUUCAAAUGUUAUUCCCUGAAAAAGAUUCACUUGACAUGACUUUUACGAAAUAA